AUGGACGAUGUUGAUACAGUGGAGUACUACUUUUCAAACACAGCGAACAUCCGGCCCAAUGUCGUUCAGGCUUGUUUGUUGUUGUCAUAUCCUAGAAUUGGCUGCAGAAUUCAGCUGCUUUUGUGGAAGAGUCCACUGAGGAUGCCACUCCUCCAGUUUGUAUUGGUGGGGCUGUGCACAGUUCUUGAGUUCUAUGCCAUUGGGGCAUUUCACGCGACUUGCCAGGUUGAGAGCUACAUUCUUGCCUGCGGGUUCCUUCAGGAAGUCGCUGUGAAGUCGCUUUUGGAAAAAGAGCUAUGUGCAUCUAGAACCAGACAGUGCUUUUGGUUUCAAGCAUUGAAACAGGAUCCAAAAGCUGCAUAG